AUGGGUCAAUUUAUUAGUACAAAUCGCACUGUCCACAGCAAUGACGAGCUUAUAAAUACAUUAAUUAAGAGAGAGUAUAUACACACAAUUAAUGUGGAAAAAGUGUUCAGAAGUGUUGACCGAGGAUUAUAUUAUACCAAUGAUAAUAGACUAAACGCCUAUAGAGACAGCGCUUGGCAAUCGGGAGAUGUUCAUUUGUCUGCACCAAGUGUUUAUGCUACCGUUUUAGAAUGUUUGGAUCUCCACAAGGGUCAUAAGUUUUUAAACAUUGGUUCUGGAAUAGGGUAUUUUAGUACCCUAGCUGGUCUUUUAUUGGGUGUUAAUGGUGUUAAUCAUGGCAUUGAAAUUCAUAGUUCUUCAAUAGAAAUUGCAUAUCAAAAGUUGGAAGAAUUUAAAAAAAAUUCUGCAGCUAUCGAUUAUUUUGAAUUUUGUGAACCUGUAUUCAUUGAAGGAAAUGCAUGUGAUCUGCUAUCAGUGGGUUACUAUGAUAGAGUCUAUUGUGGAGCUGGAGUACCACCUGCGGAAUCUUCAUUUAUGAAGGCCCUUAUUAAAAUUGGUGGUGUAUUAGUUAUGCCAUUGGAAGGUUUCCUCGUAAAAGUAAUAAGGAAAGGUGAAUACUCAUGGAAAACAAUUGAAGUUUUGGAAGUAUCGUUCGCAGAUCUUGUUGUGCCAGAAAAAUGUAGUAUGAAAGUUGCAACGUUUCCUACUGUUGAACCAAUAAGUUUACAAGAGCUAUGCAGAUCAAACAUUCGAGCUUCCAUACGAGAUUGCUUGAAUGAAAGUCAUCCUGGCUUGCAAAUGCGCACUAAAUGUAAACCAACUAAAAGUUACGAUCAAAAAUUUUUUAAUUCUGGAGAUCCAUUAAGUGAAUUUGUUCGCAUACAGUAUGGUGCAAAUGAUAGAGGAAUGGUUAGUUUACGGAACAUUGUAGAUACAUUUGCUGGUUUGGACGAGGCAAUAUCAGAUCUGGGUUCAACAUCUGGGAAUGAAGCCAUUGAUGAAGAUAAUGAUGACGAUAACAGCGGCGAAAAUGAUGACGAUGAUGAUGAAGACGAUGUUGAUUAUGUUGAAGAAAAAAAUACAAGUGAACAAUGUGAUAAAAGUUUACCUAAGAAAACUGAAUCAGAGACCAAAAGAAAAUCAUCCGAAGCUGGAUGUUCUGAACAAAAUAAGACAUUGCCAGAAAAACCAGAAAACACAAAAAGAAUGAGAAUGAGCACAUCAACUUCUACAGUCACAAAUUUCUUAAACAGCCAAUCUGCCAAUAGCAGUAGUGAUUUUUGGGAGACUAUGUCUAGUGAUUCAUCCGAGCCUGAUAAUGAUGAAGACGAAAACCUUGAUGGUUCUGAUAGCUGGGUGUCAUCUGAGGAAAAUGAUCAUAAUGAUGAUGAUGAAUUUGGCGGAAUUUAUAACUCUUUGGUUAAUGGUGAAGAUGACUAUGACAGCGAUACUGAUAGCGAUGUUGCUAGAGAAUUGAUAUUAUACCGCUUUCUGAGCGAACGCAAAGAAAAUGAGUUGAGUAAGCUUCUGAAAGUUAAAAUUGAUUUGUUACCAGUACCAGCUAUGCUAAAACUGUUUCUCAACUACAACAAAGAAGAUUGA